AUGCAAUUGUGUAAAUAAGUGUAAACGGGGCUUUUGCAAGAUGCGGUUUAAUUUGUUUGUCAACGCGUUAAAACUGCUGAACAGCACAAAAAAGCCCAAUUUAUUGGUUGUGAACGUGCGCAGCUUGACCAGCGCCGCCCCAACCAGUGAUGCAGUUGCUCCGACCACACGUCCGCCGCCCGUGGAGGCCAGGAAUCCCGGAGAGGAGCAGCGAUCGCUGCACAUCGCCGUAAUCGGGGUGCCCAAUGUGGGCAAGAGCACGUUCAUCAACAACACGGUCAACCACCGCGUGUGCCCCACCUCGGCCAAGGUGCACACCACCCGCCAGUCGAGCACGGCCAUUUGCACCACCGGUCAGACGCAGUUGGUCUUCUACGACACUCCGGGACUGGUGACCCAGCACGAGAUCCGCCGGCACCAUUUGGACCAGAGCUUCAAGAGCGCCUACCGCCAUGCCAUCCAGCAUGCGGACAUCAUUGCAGUGGUCCACGAUGCCUCAAACGGCUGGACGCGGAAGGAGUUGCACCCCACAGUCCUGGACACGCUGAAGGCGUACAGCCACCUGCCCAGCUUCCUGGUGCUCAACAAGAUUGAUGCCCUGAAAUCGAAGCGGAUGCUCCUGGACCUCAUCAAGACCCUGACCAACGACACCCUGACUGCGGGCAAGCGAGCAGCUCCGGGUAGCACUGCAGUUGAUCCGCCGGCGAAGGAAGUGCGCCUCAACAAGCGGGAAUUCAGUUGGAGUCACUUCAGCGACGUCUUCCUCGUCUCCGCCAUGACGGGCAGCGGCCUGCAGGAGCUGCAGCACUACCUGGUGGGCCAGGCCAAGCCCAGGGCCUGGAAGUAUCCAGCCGACAAGCACACCGACUCCAGACCGGAGGCUCAGAUUGUGGAGAGCGUGCGAGCCCGCCUGCUGGACUACUUGCCGCAGGAGAUUCCCUACAACCUCAAGUGCGAGCUGGAGUACUACAGUGUGGAGAAGAAUGUGAUUUACACCUCCGUGCAGGUGCAGUGCCCGACGACGCGAAUUGAGCGCCUGAUUUGCGGCGAGGGCAACGGCAAGUUGCGCCAAAUCACAGAGCGGGUGACCUCUGACCUGGUGGAGAUGUUCGGCCAGGCGGUGUCGCUCACCAUCUCGACGGUUGCCAAGGGCAAGAAGAGCCCAUCCUAAGCAGUUGUUGUUGAUUACUUUAUUGUACUUUAUUUGUAACGUUACAUAAACCUAAGAGUUCACAAAA